AUGAAACUGUGCCUUAACCUGUCUGUCACUCCCUACCGAAAAAUUUUACAGUAUUUUAGAGAAAGCCGCUACGUCAGUCAAGCUGAAUUAAUGUCAUGCUUAGUGUAGAUUUCUCAAUUAGGGGAAUCCCCCGUUAACUCAGCCAUAUAGGCCCUGUUAGUUUCGGUUAAUAUUACAGGAUGCACAAUGAAUGAAAUUUGAAUUCCCUCGGGCCAAGUAGAUUUAACAUAUUAAAGUUUUUGCGGCACACGUAGAAGUAAGGCUGAUUUUACAGUUGGGAAUGUGUGUGGCUGUAUUGAACGUACUGGAACAGUCGUUGCUUUUACCGGAGGCCGGAUAAUAAUGAUAGCAUGUGAUAGUUUUGUCGUUUUUCGGGCCUUUAUGGAAUGUUUCUCUGAAAACUAUUAACGGCAACGUUUGGUAAAUCAGUAAUUUUUCCGAACCCAGUCGGAAUGUUUAUGAAGCAUCUUUUCCACAAAAUUCGUUAAUAGCUCGUAGACAAAUACUUUACCGACGAUUUUAAUGAAUGAAAUCUCAUUAAAAUUCAAAUUCCAAAAUUCAAAAAAUUCAUUAAAAUUCAAAUUCCAAAAUUCCAAAAAUGCAAUUCAAAAGACUUGACCCUUUUGCCCUUAUGGAACAACAUUAAGUCACGAUGAUUAACCUGACUGCAACGAAUACAGCUGCAAUACUCCGGCGCGGCCCCAGCUACACUGCGUGUUCUCCUCUCUUGCCGAAGCUCCUUGGGCAUUAUCUCGUGAAACUACAGAAAAUGUUUUUUGGCAAAGAAUUUUGGCAAAGUCUGGCGUGUUUUGUCAUCGGUGGGAUAAUCACAGUCAUAUUGAUAAAAAUGUUGGAGAGGCAAAGAGAUCAAAAUAAGGAAGAACAAGGUGACAGACGAAUUCUCAUUCCUGCACAAGAGGUUGGUGACGACGAAGAAGAAGUGGAAAGAGUUGUACCGGCCCUUACAACCAACAUUAGAAAGUUUCCACAAGAGCAAGAUGAAUUUUAA